AUGACAGAGAACCAGACAUGGAUCCCAGAGUUCAUCCUGCAGGGAUUCCCACUCAGCCCAAAGAUGCAAAUGCUCCUCUGUGGCCUCUUCUCCCUGUUCUACAUGUUCACUCUGCUGGGGAACGGAAUCAUUCUGGGUCUCAUCUGGCUUGACUCCAGACUGCACACCCCCAUGUACUUCUUUCUUUCCCAUCUGGCCAUCGUCGAUAUUUCUUAUGCUUCCAACAAUGUCCCCAAGAUGUUGGCAAACCUUCUUGAUGAGAAAAAAACUAUUUAUUUUGUCCCAUGUAUAAUGCAGACAUUUUUAUACAUGGCUUUUGCUCACACUGAGUGUCUCAUCCUGGUGAUGAUGUCCUAUGAUCGAUAUGUGGCCAUCUGCCACCCCUUACAAUAUUCUGUCAUCAUGGGCUGGAAAGUGUGCACCAUCAUGGCUGCUGCUUCCUGGACUUGCGGCUCCCUCCUAGCCCUGGUCCACGUUGUUCUCAUCCUGAGGCUGCCCUUCUGUGGGCCUAAUAAAAUUAACCACUUCUUCUGUGAAAUCCUGUCUGUCCUCAAGCUGGCCUGUGCUGACACAACACUCAACCAAAUUGUCAUUUUGGCAGCUUCUGUGUUUAUCUUAGUUGGACCACUGUGCUUGGUGCUGGUCUCCUACACACGCAUCCUGGUGGCCAUCCUGGGGAUCCAGUCAGGGGAGGGCCGAAAAAAAGCCUUCUCCACCUGCUCCUCCCACCUCUGUGUGGUUGGACUCUUCUUUGGCAGCGCCAUCGUCAUGUACAUGGCCCCCAAGUCUCGCCACCCAGAGACACAGCAGAAGAUCCUUUCCCUGUUUUACAGCCUUUUCAACCCCAUGCUGAACCCGCUGAUCUACAGCCUGAGGAAUGCUGAGGUCAAGGGUGCUGUGACGAGAGUGUUGUGGAAACACAGAUCAGGGUGA